UGAACAAUGAUGGUGGUGCCAAGUGGAGACAUGUAAUGGUUGAUCCGGUUGAGACAUAAAGUUACAACAAUAUAAUGGUGCUAAACUCUACAGAGGGUGGAAUAAUCCAUUUGGAGCCGGAUAUCCCAGUGUCAAUAGUGCUGACAUUGACAUCCAUAGUUACAAUACUGGCUAAUAUUUACAUCAUAAUCGUGAUCGUGAAAACAAAGUCCCUACAUACACCAGCUGGGUACAUGAUGAUAUCAUUGGCAUGUACUGACUUUAUGGUAGGAUGGAGCCAUAACGUUCCGUUGUGGUAUUCUGACGCUAAUGGUGUCAUGGGACACAAGUGGUUCGUGUGCCAGUUCUCCUCUGUACUCUCAUGUGUGUGCUGCGUAUGUUCAAUUUACACGCUUGGGCUACUCAGUUUGGAUAAAUACCUCGCAAUCACACGUCCUUUAAGAUACGAUGAUUUUGUGACGAUACCAAGAUGUGUGAUUCUUAUCAUCGGAGUGUGGGUGUUCAGUAUCAUCAUCUGGAUCCCGCCAUUAUUUGACCUUCCUCGGAGUGGAGACUAUUAUUUUGAAGAAGCGGCGAGGGUGUGUUAUUUUGACACGACCACAUCGCCAUAUUAUACAUUAUUCAUUGUAGUGGGAGUAUUUGUACUCGUUUCCACCGUGAUUGGAUUCUGUUACUUCAAGAUACUUAAGAUUAGUUUGGCUCAAUCAAAAAGGAUGGCAGAAACUCUCAGUUCUGAUGGCGAUGGCCCAAAAAUAUCAAAAACGAACAAAAAAGCAAUACGAACACUGCUGACCAUCGUUUCGGCAUUUUAUAUAGCCUGGACGCCAUACUGUACAGAAAGGGUGAUCCGGGGCUUUGUUGGCGAAUAUGUCACUCCAGAUUGGUUUCUCAUGGCCUCAUCCACACUCGCUGUAUCAAACUCAUAUUUUAAUGCGUUCAUAUUCACACUGACAAAUAGGAAGUUUCGACAUUCAGCUAUCACAAUAUUUAUGCCGUAUUGGGGUAGAAAUAGGGUGUCACCUAAUACCAUGGUAACCGAUGUAACAACACAUGACACAUGA